CUCGGGCGCAAAGUAGACUCAUUACGAAAUAACAAGACGCCAUCGUCAUGCGCGACCAUUUAUUAUGUUGGAAACAACGGCUGGCCAUAUUGGAGGCUGUGUCUGGGACAUAUUAUAGCUCAAAGUAAAUAUUAUAGUUUAAAGUAAGAGGCGUCCGUCUCGUAAAAAUACCUACAAACGUGCAGCGGCAGUAGUAGUUGCUGUUAUUAUUUUGGAAAUAAGAUUAAAAUAGUUUAGUCAUGUUGGCCCAAUUGGUGUACAAGGAAUUUCUCUCAAAACCAUGGUUUCUAUGGUUAUACACAUCAUUGCGGUCGAAUUCGCAACAGGUUCGCGUCCGUCUUCUCCCCAAUCCUCGCUGUUUCUUCGACGAACCGGUGCACGUCAAGGUAGAUGGACUUUCUCCGCACCAGAAAGUGGAAUUGAGGUCCAAACUCAGGGACGAUAAAGGGAUCAUCUUCAAAGCUUCCGCUCUGUACUCCGCAGAUUCUACAGGACAGGUAGACCUGUGCCUCUCCCCCUCUCUGGGUGGAAGUUAUACAGGAGUUGAACCCAUGGGCUUGUUUUGGGCAAUGACGCCCGAGACUCCACACCACAAACUAUUGAAAAAGAAUUUGUUGAGUUCAAUGAUGGUUGAUAUAGACGCGCUGCACGAGGACACAGGUGAGAUCUUGGCAACAGAGACUAUCGAGAGGCAGUUCAUGACGGAAGGGCUGAGGAGGAUACCGUUGGGCAUGAAAAAUGGGAGAAUUCGGGGGACCCUCUUUCUACCACCAGGGCCAGGUCCAUUUCCUGGUGUCCUGGAUAUGUAUAUUCUGGGUGGAGGUGUAUCUGAAGUCCGGGCCAGUCUGCUGGCUAACAAAGGCUUUGUGGUUCUGGCGCUGGGCUACUCUGGCUUCCAGGACCUGCCCAAAACCUUACCCAAAUACUUUGACCUGGAGUACUUUGAAGAGGCCAUCACAUUCCUGAGGAGACAGCCUCAGGUCCAGGGUCCAGGAAUAGGAAUCCUGUCCAUCUCUAAGAGUGGCGAACUGGCUCUGUCCAUGGCCUCUUUUCUCUCUGGCAUCUCAGCCACAGUCUGGAUCAACGGCUGCAACGCUAAUGUCGUGACACCACUGCACUACAGAGACCUCGUCAUCCCUCCCCUCGUGCCUAGCCUAGAGAACAUCACCCUCACACCGUCCGGCCUUCUCGAUAUCCGAGACACCUUACCAGAUCCGAUAGCAGAAAGGAACCGCGGUUCCGUGAUCCCGAUAGAACGAUCCGGUUCUAGGUUCCUUUUUGUUGUCUCCGAGGACGACAGGAACUGGAACAGCUGUCUCUUUGCCCAGCAGGCCGCCGCCCAGCUGAGGCAUCAUGGGAAAGAUAACUUUGAGGUGGUGACUUACCCCAGGGCGGGUCAUUUCCUGGAGGUGCCCUACAUGCCCCACUGCCCGUCUGGCUUCCACUCUGCGGUGGGUAAAGUGGUGGUGUUUGGGGGGGAAGCUAAAGCCCACCAUGAGGCUCAGCUGGACCUGUGGAGGAGGGUCCCGGAGUUCUUCAGGACACACCUGAAGCACAACAGCAACACUGUCCAGAAAGCCAGGCUGUAACACUAAGAGAAUGGCUGCUUUCCUGGUUGACUAUUUUGCAGACUCCUGCCAGAUCUCAAUGUGUGGAUAGGUGUUUAACAUAUCAGCCUACCACAUCAUAUGAUAUAGUAAUCUGAUGUCUUACAGUGCAGUCAAUGAAGUGGCACAUAACCAUUGCUGAAUGCAAUGCAAUGCCUGCAAUGUAGUCAGCCUGGAACGCAACUAAAUUAUCCAAUUGGAGACGAGUAUCAUGAAUAAGCCUGUGAAUGUGCUGCUGUACUUUAUUUAACUGGAUUCUGUUAACAAUAACUUUGAUAUAUUAUAUACAGUACCAAUCAUCUGUUUGUACACACCAACUCAUUCAAGGGUUUUUCUUUAUUUGUACUAUUUUCUACAUUGUAGAAUAAUAGUGAAGACGACAUCAAAACUAUGAAAUAACACAUAUGGAAUCAUGUAGUAAACCAAAUCAAAAUACACUGCUCAAAAAAAUAAAGGGAACACUAAAAUAACACAUCCUAGAUCUGAAUGAAUGAAAUAUUCUUAUUGAAUACGUUUGUCAUUACAUAGUUAAAUGUGCUGACAACAAAAUCACACAAAAAUUAUCAAUGGAAAUCAAAUGUAUCAACCCAUGGAGGUCUGGAUUUAGAGUCACACUCAAAAUUAAAGUGGAAAACCACACUACAGGCUGAUCCAACU